UUCAUGUUACAAUGCAAAAUGGCCCAUUCUAGUCAUAUGAUGGCCCACAUGAUCAUCCCAUGGCUCCUCUUACUUCAAUUGCUAAUUCUCGCCGUAGAGAUUGAUGGAUCGGUUAACAUUCCGUCGAUCAUCAUCUUCGGCGAUUCAUCCGUGGAUACUGGAAACAACAACUACAUUUCGACGAUUGCCAGGAGCAAUUUCGAGCCAUAUGGCCGUGAUUUCAAAGGUGGACGGCCCACCGGACGGUUCUGUAACGGCCGAGUGGCGACUGACUUCAUAUCGGAGGCGCUCGGGCUCAAACCAGCCGUACCGGCCUACUUAGAUCCAACAUAUAGUAUCAAGGACCUGGUCACCGGAGUUUGCUUUGCAUCGGCCGGCACCGGAUACGACAAUGCCACUUCUGAUGUGCUAAAUGUGAUACCACUAUGGAAGCAGUUGGAGUACUUCAAAGCCUACCAAAUGAAGCUAAGAACUUAUCUUGGGGAGAAAUCAGCCAACAGAAUUCUCACUGAAGCUAUGUACAUGAUCAGCUUAGGGACCAAUGAUUUCUUGGAGAAUUACUACGUUUUAAACCGUCGAUCUCAACAAUUCACCAUCGACGCCUUUGAGGAUUUCCUCGUUGGGAUUGCUGAUAAAUUCGUUAGAGAUCUCUACAAUCUGGGUGCCCGGAAAAUCUCGAUCGGCGGCAUCCCGCCGAUGGGAUGCAUGCCGUUGGAACGGACGAAUAAUGUCAUGGCCGGUAGCACUUGUGUGGAGAAAUACAACACGGUGGCACGUGAUUUCAACGGCAAGAUGCGUGCAUUGGCGUUUAAGUUAAGAAAUGAGCUUGUGGGAAUCAGAACCGUCCAUUCAGAUGUUUAUGAUACCAUGCUGCUAGCCAUUGAAAAGCCUUCCAUGUUCGGAUUUGAAAACGUGGCAGUCGGAUGUUGCGCGACGGGAAUGUUCGAGAUGGGCUACUUGUGUGAUCGAAUGAAUCCGUUCACCUGCCAAGAUGCAAGCAAAUACGUAUUUUGGGAUUCAUUCCACCCCACCGAGAAGAUGAAUCAGAUCAUAGCUGAUCAUGUCAUGAACACUUCCUUAGCUGCGUUUGUAUAAAUACCACAAAUGUACGUACGUCGCUGAGUAUAUAUAAACGUACACUCGCCGUUCAUAUCAGCUGGGUUUGUAUGAAUACUGGCCAAAAUGUACGUAUAGAUACGUAUACCAUGAAGACUAGCUGAGAUGAGUAUGUAUGCAUACUCCACUAUUAUAUACGUAUAUGUCUACUAGUAGAUAGCGUACUACUACAUGUAUGAGUAUUGGUUUGCAUGUAAGGAUGAUUAAAUUUUCUUCUUCUAUUUUUUCUCUAAAA